GUGGCUGUAGGAAACCCCCGCCCACCCCCAGCAUUGUGGGUAGCUCAAGAUGGCGGCUCCCGUCCUGAAGUGGAGGCGUGUGACGGGCACAACCGGCCCGACGCCGCGGCCUCGGCACGGCCAUCGUGCCGUUGCCAUUAAGGAUCUCAUGGUUGUUUUCGGGGGCGGCAACGAGGGCAUCGUGGACGAAUUGCACGUGUACAACACAGCCACCAACCAAUGGUUUGUCCCGGCGGUGCGGGGGGACAUCCCGCCGGGUUGUGCCGCGUACGGGUUCGUGUGCGACGGCACCCGACUCCUGGUGUUCGGAGGAAUGGUGGAGUAUGGCAAGUACUCGAAUGAACUAUACGAGCUGCAGGCCAGUCGCUGGGAGUGGAAGAGACUCAAGCCCAAGUCGCCCAAAAACGGCCCACCCCCCUGCCCGCGCCUGGGCCACAGCUUCACCAUGUGCGGCACCAAGGUCUACCUGUUCGGGGGCCUGGCCAACGACAGCGAGGACCCCAAGAACAACAUACCAAGAUACCUGAACGAUCUUUACACGCUGGAGUUGAAGCCCCAGUCGGACGUGCGAGCGUGGGACAUCCCGCAGACGUACGGCACCCCGCCCCCGCCGCGGGAGUCCCACACCUGCAUCUCCUACACCGACAAGGACGGCAAGCGCCCCAGGCUCAUCAUCUACGGAGGCAUGAGCGGGUGUCGUCUGGGGGACCUGUGGCAACUAGAGAUAGAAACUAGUUCGUGGACAAAGCCCCUUGUGAAUGGCAUUGCCCCCCUCCCCCGCAGCCUGCACUCAGCUACACAGAUAAGUCACAGAAUGUUUGUGUUUGGCGGCUGGGUUCCGCUGGUGAUGGACGACCAGAAGGUGGCCACGCACGAGAAGGAGUGGAAAUGCACCAACACCCUGGCCUCCCUCAACCUGGAAACGAUGACGUGGGAGCCCCUGGCUAUGGAGGUAUUUGAGGACUCUGUGCCGCGAGCCCGCGCCGGACACUGUGCCGUGAACAUCGGCAGCAGGCUGUACGUGUGGAGCGGAAGGGACGGCUACAGAAAGGCCUGGAACAACCAGGUGUGUUGUAAGGACCUGUGGUUUUUGGAGACAGAAAAGCCGCUGGCCCCCACCAGAGUCCAGUUGGUACGAGCCAGCACCAACACCCUGGAGGUGUGCUGGGGAGCAAUACAGACAGCGGACGCGUAUCUACUGCAGCUACAGAAGUACGACAUGCCGCCAGCGCAGGCCGCCACUCUGCCGAACGCGGUCAGUAACCCUGCCAUGGCCUCCACCCCGGCCUCCGCAGCCCUGCAGGGGAGCGGCAGUGCCACCAUGAUCCGCCAGAUGUCCUCGGGAACUGGUCCUGUCACUGCCGGCAUCAUGAAGGCACCAGGGCUGCAGCCUUUACGGAUGCCCACACAGACCACCCUGGUCGGCACGGCAACCACCGCCAUGCCCCAGCAGUCGCCGCCGGUGCGGGGUCGGGCCCGGGUCAAGUCUCCGGUCGCCGUGACGAUGGCCAGCAGCCCGAGGAUGGCGACCAGCACCACCAACCCGCGUAUCCUCACCACAACCACGUCCCCUGGGACCCUCCCCGCUGGCACAGGCAUGAGCGGAAUUCAGGCACUGGCGGCGGCUGCAGCGGCCACCCAGAAGAUUCCUGCCAGUCCGUCAGGCACCACCAUGAGGCCACAGCUGUCCACUACCCAUACGGGCACCCCCGUCACCCUCACUCUAGCCUCCGGGGUUAAAUCCACCCCCAUUAUGCAAUAUUUUUCAAACCAGGUCAACACAGCGGCUACCAGCAUUCUGAAGACCGCGGCGCAAGCGGCACAGGCGGGCGCACAACAGCAGCUUCAGGGGAAGCAGAUCAUCACGGUACACAAGUCUGGAGCCGUCACGCUCACCCCGCAGACACAGGUGGUCACUACCGUGGUGGGAGGAGUCACCAAGACGGUCACGCUGGUCAAGUCUGUCCCCGUCACUCUUCAGGGAGGGAAGGUGACGUUGAUCCAGACCAAGCCCCUGAGCUCCACAGGCAUGGUGCUGGGCACCACCCCGCAGGGGGCCACCCCUGGAGUCAGCACCAUGGCACGGCAGCUGGGACAGCUGCAGGCUGGGACAUCGAAAGGCGCGACCAUCAUGGGUAUCAGCAGCGUGACCCAGCAGCCGGUCGUCACCAUCCCCAAAACCAUCAUCAAGACCGUCCCCGUGUCAUCCGUCAUGUCGAGCAUGGCCGGGCAGGGCGGGGCCACGGGCGGAGCCACCCCGACCAAACCCACCAUUAUCGCAAUCACUACCAAGGCAGUUACUGGGGUGGCAGGUAUGACCACAGGGACCACCAGCAAGCUUCCAUCCACAUACAUGGUGAAGAACCCCACCAGCCAGGGCAGCACCCAGCAAGUCGUCCGGACCGUCACCACCACCCUGGGGGUCACCCCCAUGGGCACGGUGGUACGGACCGUGACGUCACAGAUGCAGCCGGGCGUACGGAUCAUCACCGUUCCCGCGUCCAGCAUCACGACGACCACCACGCCCACGGGACAGGUGCAGAGGAUCGUGGUCACGCCCGUCACAAGACCGAGCGCCGCCUUGCAAGGGAAAACGGGAACCAUCACCAUUGUCACUCCAGCAGGUACCUCAGUUCCUGCAUCCACAAUCCUCUCCUCAACCAGCGCGGGAGCCACUGGUACAUCGAGGCCCAUCACCGUUUCCGUCGCCAACCUGCCGUCCGCCUCAAACGUGCCCGUCACCAUGACUACGGCGCAGGCGGCAUCGGCGCUGUCGGCGGCCACAAGCAUCACGCCGACGGGAAUCACGCUACAGAGUUUGUCCACACCCACAGCAACGACACAGAUGAAACAGAUCAUACAGAACACACAGGCCAUCACCCCUGCCACCUCCACUGUGACCUCAGUAGCUGCCUCCACCAGCGAGCAGGGACAGCCACCGGCCAGCUCUGCGGAGCAGCCGCAAGUUGGACCCUGCGGCACUAUUCAUGGCUGUGGUACUGAUGACGAAGAUGAGGAUGCAGAGAAGCCCAAGAUCGGCCCAUGUGGAACCAUCCAUGGCUGUGGAACCGACGAUGAAGAUGACGAGAAAUCAAAACCCACAAUUGGUCCAUGUGGCACUAUACAUGGUUGCGGGACUGACGACGAAGAUGAUGACAAGUCCAAGCCCUCAGAAGGACCCAAAAUUGGCCCUUGUGGCACCAUCCAUGGUUGUGGUACAGACGAUGAAGAUGAUGACAAGUCAAAACCAGCAGAACAGCAAAAAAUAGGUCCAUGUGGAACUAUACAUGGUUGUGGUACGGAUGAUGAAGAUGAUGAGAAGCCUAAGGUGGGGCCCUGCGGAACCAUCCAUGGCUGCGGUACGGAUGACGAGGGAGAGGGCGAUGACCCCACGCCAUCCACCACGACACAGGCAGACCAGACACAGGAGGAAGCGAUGGACACGUCAGCACCGUCCCAACCACAGACCUCAGCAACGUCAACAGUAGCUACCAGUUCUACAGCAGUAACUUCACAAGCCACACUAAUGGAGACAGGGCAGACAGCAUCGUCCUCUGUAGAACAGAUGGACACCACACCUGCAACAACAGCUGCAGCUGUAGCAGAAGCAGAAGCCCUUGCAGCAGCCACCACCUCUAGUGUCAUGACCCCCUCCCCCUCAGCGGUGGACGGAGCAGCAGCUGUCCUCGCCACCCUGGCAGACUCCACGACCACGCCUGUAUCCGCCAGUCAAGCGGGGGCGACGCCCGUCAACAAUGGUGCCGUGGCCCCAUCCCUACCUGCCAAUGUCACGACAAACGGGCUCGGGCCUACAGUGGUUAAAACAGAGCCAGACGUCAAAUCAGAGGACCAGAAGGCAGUGGACGCCUCCUCUAAGACCCUCCUGCCAGGGAAGCGGGAACACAACCAGUGGUACGAUGUGGGCAUCUUCAAGGGUACCUCCGCAACCGUGCAGUACUACUACCUGCCUUCUGAGAACAACCAGAAGGGCGAGGAUGACAUCGAUGUAGUGAACGUACCAGACCACAGCAUGCUGAAGAAGCAGGAGCUCCUGUCCGGUACAGCGUACAAGUUCCGCGUGGCCGGCAUCAACGCGUGCGGCAGAGGGCCCUGGAGCGAGAUCUCCGCCUUCAAAACCUGCCUGCCAGGCUACCCAGGGGCACCGUCUGCUAUCAGAAUCAGUAAAAGCACAGAAGGAGCGCACCUAUCCUGGGAGGCGCCGGCCAACACGGCGGGCAAGAUCCUGGAAUACUCUGUCUACCUGGCCGUGAAGAGCACCUCCGCGUCCACGCCGGACACCAAGCCGCUCACGCCGUCCCAGAUGGCGUUCGUGAGGGUGUACUGCGGCCCCAGCGCCUCGUGUACGGUCACCACCAGCACGCUGUCCAACGCUCACAUCGACUACACAUCCAAACCUGCCAUCAUCUUCAGAAUCGCAGCCAGAAACGACAAGGGCUAUGGACCAGCAACUCAAGUAAGGUGGCUGCAGGACUCCUCCAAGGAUACUAAGGCAGCUAAGAGAGUCGCUCCCUCAGACAGUAAAUCUGGCACCAAGAAGGUGAAGACGGAAAAAUGAAGAAGCUUCCACCACAUAACAUGAACACAAUACAGCGGACCACCUGGACACCACCUCCAUCAUAACAGCCUCAUCUAAACCAGCGCUUCUUCAUAAUCAUACCUCCUCCAAUCAACACACGGGACUGCCACACGCAAUACUGACUGAUCACUGUUCAACAACUUCUUCCCUUGUAAACUGUUGAAAAAAAAAGUUGUGGAAUUUUGAGCUUACUAUUGCUGGGAUGUUUUUUGAAAUAGUAAUAAUGUUAUUUUAUUCGGUUCUGAAGACGAUGUUUUGCUGGCCGGAAGCGUACCCGUGGUUUCGGUCGCUUUGUUCGAGGGGUUGUGGGUGGGACGAGAAUACUGUGCAUCUUUGAAUGUGUUGGGGCAGGAUUCUGUAUUUUUCAGCGCGAAAGAAUGUACCAUAUCUAGACCAAAAAAAAUAAAUCUAUUUUUUCUAAACCUGUUACACUUAGAGAAAGGGACGUACGAAAGAAGGCGUUUUACGAUCUGAUUUUGGUCAGCAAAGAUUUGAGAUGCCUGUUGUGAGUGUAGUUUGAAGAGAAAAAUGAGUCCCAAGAGAAUUAUUUUGAUCUAUGAUCUUAGAGGUUUGUGGUUUCAGUGUCUAACACAAAAACACCCUCUUUGAAUGUUGAACACAUUUAUAGAUGCACAGUGAACUUAGAAAAUUGUUACGUCACAGAAGAUGAUGAUAUAAGCGGUAGUUCUCUAUCAGGAAUAGGUAUGGGGGAAAAUGAAAGUAUGUCCAUUUUUAUGUAUUCUGGUUCCAAACAUGGCCCUACAUAUCCAGAAAUGUUCGCAGUUUUGUAGGCGUAGAAAGUUUACCACAUUGGGGAAUAGAUAGACUAAACGGUGAUGCAAAGGUCUGGGUUUUCAGACUAGUUCAAACAGAAGGGAAUGAAAUGUGAAAUAUGCAUACCAGCUUCAUUUUUUGCUUAUUAUUCGCUUACUUUUGGGGCUUCAUUUUUAAGAGCAUGGGCUUGUCAAUUAUUGUACCAUAUGCAUAUCAAAUUUGAGCUUGAAGCUGAACGUUUUAUUUCAGAUCACUUUUUUGAGGCUUGGUAGACCAUUUACUUCUGAGUAUUCGAACCUGGAAAUAACAGUUUAAGAAUUGCUCACCCAUAAUUGUACAGGUUCUCAUUUUCUCGAUUUAUUUAAAUUCUUGCAACGGAAGCUCACUUUUGCAAUGGGGUUUCAGAUAUUUUGCUUUUUUCUUUUGGGAUUUUUGCAGGAUGGAACUUUUCCAGACAUUUCCCUCUCCGAAUGGGUAGAAUUAGUGUAUAUUUGAGAUACUGUAUUUUUAAUAGUGUGGUAGAACCAUAACAUUGUGUCUUUUGAUGUUUUUGUACAUUUGUCCGUAGUUGUGAGAGAGUCAACGUGGUUUUUACCUACCCAGUUGGGAUUGCUAGCGUCACUACGAAGAAAUUCCGAUGUUUUUCAUCAGCAAGCAUUUAGUGACGGAAACUUUGAUGUCUUCUUAUGAAGAAGCUCUUUACAAGGACCUACCGUAAAUUGGUGUUUAAGGAAAGUGCAAAGAAUGGUAAUUUUAUAUACAACUUUUGGGAGAAGGCAAACCCUGGAGAAGUGCUUGCGUGUUUUUUUCGGACAGCAAGUAACGGAGAUAGACUGUGGUUAAACCAUAUGCAUGCUGUAUUCUGCGUUCUUUGUACCCCCUCUUCUUGUACAAGUUCCCUUCCCCUUUAAACUUCACCUUCCAAAGUUCGUGUAUCUGUUCCGAUAUCGUUCAUUGUCUUGUUCUGAAAUAUUUGUGCUGUUCCUCAUCAAUGGUCAA